AUCUAUCAUAUGUCUGUCAGUAACGUUUGAAAUUUCAGAAGUAACAUUAAAGGGUACUAGCAUGAUGUUAAAAUUACUUAUUCCCGUUCUUUUCUCUGUAUCAAUAUUCGCAGAUGUGGACAUAGAUCAGAAUGGAUAUAUUCUCUACUGCCCCUGCAUGGGAAGGUUUGGUAACCAAGCUGACCACUUUCUUGGGUCACUUGCAUUUGCCAAAGCCCUUAAUAGAACACUUGCUCUCCCACCAUGGGUAGAAUAUAGGUUUGGGGAACCUAAAUCAGUCCAAGUUCCAUUUUCUCAUUAUUUUCAAUUGGAACCUCUUUUGAAGUUCCAUCGUGUUGUUACCAUGGAAGAAUUCAUGGAAAACAUUGCUCCUAAAGUCUGGCCUCCAGAGAAACGAACAGCAUUCUGCUACAUGGCUAGAGGCCAGGGUACAGACUGCAAUGCCAAGGAAGGAAACCCCUUUGGCCCCUUUUGGGAUACUUUCAAUGUAGAUUUUGUUCAGUCUGAGUUCUAUGGACCACUAAACUAUGAUGUACAUCAUCAAGACAUGGCUAGAAAAUGGAACAAUAGAUACCCACCACAAAAAUCGCCUGUGCUGGCAUUUACCGGAGCUCCAGCUAGCUUUCCCGUUCAGAUAGAAAACAAGGACUUGCAAAAAUUUCUUGUUUGGACUCCGCGCAUAGUCAACCGAGCAAUAGAUUUCAUCCGUAAUGUACUUCCAAUCGGAUCAUUUGUUGGAAUCCAUUUGCGAAAUGGCGUUGACUGGACAAGAGCUUGUGAGCACCUAGAGCACAGCCCGAACUUGUUUUCUGCACCUCAGUGUUUGGGUUACCGCAACGAGUUUGGCAUUGCGUCGCAAGAUAUGUGCUUUCCGACACCCGACGCAAUAGCAAAACAAGUAAAAUUCGCCGUCAAGGAGUACCAUGCGAAGUCAGUGUUUGUCUCUUCCGACAACGACCAUCUCAUUCCUUUUUUGACCAAAGCUUUGAAGCGAAUGGAGGUGACGGUGCACAAAUUAGCCAAUCCGGAGCCUCACGUUGAUCUCGCCAUUUUGGGUCGAGCAAAUUAUUUCAUUGGUAAUUGCAUUUCGUCGUUCACGGCAUUUGCCAAACGUGAGCGAGAUGCCAAUGGUUUGCCGUCUGGCUUUUGGGGGUUUCCUUCUAACAGAGUAAGUGCAACCAAACAGAAGCAUGAAGAGUUGUAGAAGACAUGGUGAACAAAACCGAAAUAAUCUCGUGUGUAUGAACUUUAAAGUGAUUAUAACUGUUUACAAUUUUGA